AAUAUCCAAAACAUUAAGUUUUGUUUUGCAUGUCUCUGCUUGAAACUCGAUUGCUAUAGUACUGGAGAAAGACUGCAAACAAAGAUAUCAUAUUAUAAUUAUUUAAACAUGAGUGGUACAAAACUUUUGUUUAUAUUUAGUCUUGCAAUUUUUUAUGGAUCAACGUUCGCGCAGUACAGUCAGCAAGAACAGUCGUACGAACCUUACUUGGAUGCGGAUCGGUUAGCCUUCUUCCGGCGAGCCAGAGUCCUGACUGGUGCAGACGACGCGCAGGAGUCGUACGAGUUAUCACAAAAUGACGACGACGAAGAUGACGAAUUUCUUCGGAGAGGAGGCAGGGGUAGAAUGCUAUACGAGGAAGACAGCGCAAGAAAUUUUAUGAGGGACGGGCGAAAUUUCGUGAUGGAGUUGCUGGAGGAGGCUACUCGCAUAUUCAGAGGUAUGAUGAGCUGGUUUGAGGACGAGGGCGACGUGGCACCGCAAGAUGAGUGCCGUGCCACCAACGGGGCACUCAACACAGGCACCUGCUACGAGGCCUCCGCCUGCGAUGCCUCCGGGGGUGUGGCGUCCGGCGAGUGCUCGGAGGGCGGCGUCUGCUGCAUUUUCCCAACGGUGUGUGGCGGUACGGUGACACGAAAUCGGACUUGGUUUGUCAACAAAGACUUCCCGGACUACACUCGUGACCCUAACAACUGCGAGCUCACCAUCCGCAGGCUAGACCCCAGGAUCAAGCAAGUUCGUCUGGAUUUCGCUGUCAUCGAGCUGGGUGACGCCGUCCAGGGCGAGUGUGUGCGUGACGCGCUCACCGUCGUACGGGGAAACGGGGAAGUCGAACUCAUUCCUCCUCUGUGUGGGGACAACUCUGGCCAACACGUGUACAUGGAAUUUGCGUAUCAAGAUCUAAAGCUGCGCAUCGCGAUGUCCACGCAACUACGAAGGAAAUGGCAUGUGCUCGUGUCGUAUGUGGCACCAGGAGAUGAAGUGCCGAGUGGUUGUCUUCAGUUCUACACAGACCGAGCAGCAACUGUCAAAUCUUUGAACUUCAACUCUGGAAGUUACCUUUUCAGAGGAGACCUCGACUAUGACGUCUGCUUCCCAAAACUGGAUCGAACAGAACUGAAUGCUGGCUGCGAACGUCGGACCGAAGACAUCGACUUGAGACAGUCCGAGAACGAGAUUCACACCCGCCGGAACAAGGUGAAGAGAUCCCGCAUUCAGGGCUCGAAACGAAGAUCACGUUCAGCUAAACUGCCUAUCGUUAUGGCGUUCGACAACAACGAGGAACACGAGCAGUACAGGACCAGGACUCCAAGCCAUCGAAUGCAAAUGCAAGCAUCUUCCCGAUCCAUGCCUAGAGGGCAACCAUUAGUUUCCCGUGGUCCAGCUUAUCGGCAGAUUAACCAGGUCAUAGGUCAGCUUCAAGGAACUACGACUACUGGACUGGAGAGUCUAUUGAAGAGCAAGAAUGAACUUGAUCAGAUGAAAGAAGAUUUCACCCAAAGAGCUGGUCUUCCUGAAGAUGCUUAUUACUAUUACUACUAUGAUGAAGAUGAUGGCAAGAACUUCAUCAACAAUGAUUUGGAUGAUGUUUCCGACGAACCAGCGGCGACUGACAACUACGCCGUGGAACACAAUCGUCAGGAAAUAAUGGUCUUGCCCGAUGGCGCCCCUCUAUAUUCAACGGGCUCCAAGAAGCCUGAAAAACAGUCAUCUUCCUCCCAAGAUAAAUACUUCCAUUUAGGUAUGAUAAAUAACAUCAAGAGUCAGAUAGAAGAGCAAGAAGCAGAUCCCAGGUAUCCAACACCGCUGUACUAUGAACCCGCUACUUCGGCUCCGGUGAAUCUGCUGAAGCCCGAGUUCCCGGUGGCAUCAGUAGUAAUGUUCGACCCCAUGACCUAUGUACCUGAUGAUCAAGUUGUCUCUCGCUUCGAAAAACCAACGACGGUUUUCAGUGGUCAAGAAAGCACUGCAAAAAAAGACCCACCGACCGAGAUUAGCAUAGAUGACCUCACAACGCUGUCGUCUAUAGACCCAGACGAUGAAUAUACCCUGAAACAUAAUGGAGUCCAGUGGGUCUUCCUCAGGAAUGAAAAAGUUAGACUUACUCCAUCGCCGACUGUACUCUCAACAGCAAGCAAAAUUAUCCUACCGCAUGACAUCAAAAUAUCACCCGGUAAAGUGGAACCUGAAGAUAUAUCUCUUGGUAAGCCGCACCUGAUAUUUAAACACCCAUCGGGUACUGUCACUGAAAUGCAUAUUAAUUCCAGUGAAAAUAAAAAUUCGAACGAAAAAAUCAUAACUGUGAUUGAAACGGGACCGGUCACUCAGAACUACACAAAAAUUAAAAUUAAUAACAUUUCAGAGCUUGAUAAAGUAAUCGAAAGUGUUUUCGAUAUAGUUAGCGAUAGCAAAGAAAGGUUAGUCCCAGAGAAGGAAUCUGAAACUCCUCCACCAAGGUUGGUUUCCAAAAAUACACCCGUAGCAACAACGCAGACAAAAGCUCCCGCUUCAACGCCACCUAACGCUUUCAGUUCUCUGCCCAGCAAGAAGAACAAAGUCCAAACUGAAACUGAAGCAGAAACAACUCAGAAUGAAGUUCCGACCCUCUCAACCACCAGCAAUAUUCUAAGUUCAAAACCAAUCCCAACCCGAAUCAUCCAACGCAUCACGACGCGAGCAGAAGUUCCGUCAAUUUCCGUAUUGACUGAAAAUGCGCAAUUCACAACAACAGAUCAUGUUGCAACAAAUCGUCCUCAGAUAAUCCGAGUUACUAAGCUCCCGCAAACAACAAGGUUCACGAAACCUUCAGUAGUUACGCGAAUAACAUCACGGCCAGUGCCAACGCGCCUGUCUCAAAGUGCAGUGGCCACUCGCUUUACUACGAAGCCUGGAAUAAUAAGAAUUACGACUCCAAUUUCUGAAGUGCGUCCUCCUCUCACGACGACUGCAAAUGUCGCACAGAAGCCGACCAUCAGGUACACCACGACCCAAGUCAGACCAGGACUAAAACGCGUGACAGUGUCCGCAGCCCCAGGCACUGACAUACCUGACAACAUCCGCGAAGCUCUCCAGACUGAAUCCGCGAGGCCUGUUCAAAUAAUCGCUCAAGAGGCCAACGAAGUUGAUGAAUACGAUAAGGAAACUGAAGAUGAAGUCCCUCCAGUAAGCGAGUCGGUUCCUCCUACUCAACAGAGCGCUACUUCAGCGCUUACGGAAAUAUUUGAAGACACACCCACCGACGAUCCUUUUGCCAAUCUGAUCAUGAAGCUGAGCCAGCAGGCCACGGAAAAGCCGAAACCCUCGAAUGUGAGGAAAGCCACUAGCAAGCCACUCUUCACAAUCUCAACUACAACAGACGGAAUGGUUUCAACCAAAAGCUAUACAACUGUUGAAGACGCAUUAGAAGACUUGAAAAAAAUAACUACGUCAUCAACGUCAAAAUUCGAAGACACCAAUCCCACCUCGACAUCUCCAUACACGAACGCUUAUUCUAGCCCUCCAAUUACCAGCUCACCAAUACUGGAGACGUUAGGGCCUUACACAGAGAACGUCGUGGAGACCAUCACCAUCUUCAACAGUAACGUUUGUGAAGAAUCCUACAUUGAAGUCAAUGACAUGAAAGUCUGUGAGAAGCUCUUCAGAUCGCAGCCCGUUAGAGAGGAAGCACAGAGAGUAUUCAAAGACAUGGAACGGUUGUCAGUGCGCUCUCUAAGCACGUCGAAUUCACCGCUGAGGUUCAGCCUGACGUAUGACACGGUGUGCCCGCUAGAGGGCGCCAGCACCAGCAAAAACUUCGACAAUACCGUCACGGUCGCAGGUUUUGGCCAGCAAGCCACCACGGGCGCACCCGUUGCCAAGACAGUCAAUUUACUUCAAUAUCUCCUUGGCUGGUAUCGAUGAAACGUUUAUCAACUUUAUGAAGUCUACAUAACAUCAAAUUUAAUAACUCGGAUUCUGUUAAGUGCGAAUGUACAUGGUUCAAAUCAAUAAAAGUUUCUUAAUAACAGGCACUCUCCAUGGAAAAAGUGUAUUUGCUAAGGAAGUCAAAUCAAACGAGUAAAAAACAUUCAGACAUGAAGGCCUUGUUCGUCGAAAAAUCACAACUGGGACUCCGGAUUACUGUAGAUGAAUUUAUACCAUAAAUUAAAUGACAGAUCCAAAACUUUAUACUCAAACAAUAGCUCAUUAUUGAGUGAACUAUCCCAAAUAUGUGAGAGAAAAUUAAUACUUUGAAGUUUUGUAAUAAUCAUGUAAUAUAAUACGUUUUUAAUACCUAAAAUAUUACUCGAAAUGGUGACACAAAAGGCACAGUUGGAAUUGUUCGUUCCUGAAGCAUGUUCAUCAUGUUCUCAGGAAUAAGACAAUCAUCAAUAGAGUUUAAUUGUCGAGAUCUAUUUUAUUUUGGAGUCACGGCAAUACUGCCAAUAGACAACUGCUCGAUGCAAAAGUUUCAGCGGACUAAAAUCGAAGCAUUAAAAACACUCUAAGGCAUUUAUCAACGAAUAAAAUUGCGCAAAAUUUACUUUCCCUUAGAAUUAAGUGCCGAAAAGAAAAAUACUCUUAAUUAUUUUGUCAUCGACACGCUAGGGGCAUUUUUGCUGCAUGACAAAGGGGAACAUUAAGUUAACAUAUUUAUGUUGUAUUUAUUGUGCCACGCACUUGCAGUGGCUUCGGUUGUAUCUAUUAAUGAGAUGAGUUUUUAUAUUAGUAAUUAAUAUUAAGCAAACGCUAAUUGUUGAUUAAUAGUAGAUUUAUUUUUUUACAGCAAUUAGCAAUUGUGUUCUGCACCACUAGAAUGAGAUUACAAUAAUCGACAAGUUCACUGUUUAGAAGGAGAAAAACUUGUUCAUCGUUCUGGCAACGCGCUCCAAUUUUUCAGUAGAGCAUAGGAUUUAUACCGCGGAAUUUCCACAGAAAGCGACGGGUGGAAUUUUCCUGUAGCUGAAUACAUAGCAUAAUUUUUGAAUUAGUGAGAGCAUCUUGAAACACGCGGACAAAUGAUGCAGGCUAGAAACAACAGCAAAUGAACAUAUCUUAGAUCUUGUACCUACUUGAGUUCUAAUGAACGUGUUAGCUUCUUUAUUGAUGAAUUACGGUGCACCCGCCCAAUGUAAAUUGGACUAAAAGUCUCGGCCCUUUUCUCAAUAGUCUAUUUUGCAGAACAAUAAAGGCCAA